UCAUUAUUUGGCAGGGAGCGGCAGAGAGACGAGCAUUUCCUAGAUACCCACAGCAACGCGUGAUUUCAUUCUGCUUCCAUCACUUCAGAGGCGAGCCGGCGGAUUUUCUGGGUUGUUUAAACUUACUGGCUAGGUUUGGAAAGCCGUACGUUUGGAAAUAAAUCACACCCUCGUAUUUCCUCGGAAGUGUUUUGUUCCUGUACCGGGACUGUCAUCACUGAAGUAAACAUGACGAGCGCUACAUCUCCAAUCUUGCUAAAAUGGGACCCCAAGAGUCUUGAGAUUCGCACGCUGACUGUGGAGAGGUUGUUGGAGCCGUUGGUCACACAGGUGACCACCCUGGUCAACACCAGUAACAAAGGCCCAUCCAGUAAGAAAAAGGGACGCUCCAAGAAAGCUCAUGUGCUGGCUGUGUCUGUGGAGCAGGCGACCCAGAACUUUCUAGAAAAGGGUGAGCAGAUUGCUAAGGACAGCCAGGACCUGAAGGAGGAGCUGAUCGCAGCUGUAGAGGACGUUCGCAAGCAAGGUGAGACGAUGCGCGCGGCCUCCUCAGAUUUUGCGGAUGACCCCUGCUCCUCUGUGAAACGCGGCACCAUGGUCCGUGCCGCCCGUGCCCUCCUCUCUGCCGUCACUCGCCUCCUCAUCCUGGCUGACAUGGCUGACGUCAUGAGGCUCCUGGCUCACCUUAAGAUCGUGGAAGAAGCUCUAGAAGCUGUCAAGAAUGCCACCAAUGAGCAGGACUUGGCCAAUCGCUUUAAGGAGUUUGGGAAAGAGAUGGUCAAACUCAACUAUGUUGCUGCUCGCAGACAGCAGGAGCUGAAGGACCCUCAGUGCAGGGACGAGAUGGCGGCAGCUCGAGGGGCUCUUAAGAAGAACGCCACUAUGCUCUAUACUGCAUCCCAGGCCUUCCUGCGCCACCCCGACGUGGCUGCUACACGUGCCAACCGCGACUAUGUCUUCAAACAGGUCCAAGAGGCCAUUGGGGGCAUCUCCAGCUCUGCCCAGGCCACUUCACCCACCGACGAGAAGCACGGCCACGCUGGCAUCGGCGAGCUGGCCGCCGCUCUCAAUGAGUUUGAUAAUAAAAUCAUUUUGGACCCGCUAACAUUCAGUGAGGCUCGCUUCAGGCCGUCACUGGAGGAACGUCUGGAGAGUAUCAUCAGUGGUGCUGCCCUCAUGGCCGACUCCUCCUGCACACGCGACGAUCGCCGUGAACGCAUUGUGGCAGAGUGCAACUCCGUGCGCCAGGCCCUGCAAGACCUGCUGAGCGAGUACAUGAACAAUACCGGAAGAAAGGAAAAAGGAGACCCAUUAAAUUCAGCUAUUGACAAGAUGACCAAGAAGACCCGUGAUCUUCGCAGACAGCUAAGGAAGGCUGUUAUGGACCACAUAUCUGACUCUUUCCUGGAGACCAACGUGCCUCUGCUGGUGCUGAUAGAGGCGGCCAAGAGCGGUAACGAGAAAGAGGUUAAGGAGUAUGCGCAGGUCUUCCGCGAGCACGCCAACAAGCUGGUGGAGGUGGCCAACCUCGCCUGUUCCAUCUCCAACAACGAGGAGGGUGUGAAGUUAGUGCGCAUGGCUGCUACACAGAUCGAUAGCCUGUGUCCUCAGGUAAUCAAUGCCGCUCUGACCUUGGCCGCACGCCCACAAAGCAAGGUUGCUCAGGACAACAUGGAUGUUUUCAAGGACCAGUGGGAGAAGCAAGUACGCAUCCUGACCGAGGCCGUUGAUGACAUCACUUCUGUUGAUGACUUCUUGUCUGUUUCAGAGAACCACAUUCUGGAAGAUGUGAAUAAGUGUGUGAUCGCCCUGCAGGAGGGGGAUGUGGACACCCUGGACAGGACAGCAGGAGCAAUCCGGGGCCGAGCCGCUCGUGUGGUACACAUUAUUAAUGCUGAGAUGGAGAACUAUGAACCUGGCGUCUACACGGAGCGUGUUCUCGAGUCCAUCAAGCUCCUCUCUGAGACAGUGAUGGACAGAGGAGACCAGGAAGCUCUUGGAAGAAGGAAGUUAGAGGAGAGAGGGAUAGACAGACGAGAAAAGAUGACUCCAGAAGAGUUGGAAGAUGACUCUGACUUUGAGCAAGAAGACUAUGACGCCCGUAGCCGCACCAGCGUCCAGACAGAAGAUGACCAACUUAUUGCUGGACAGAGCGCAAGGGCUAUCAUGGCUCAGCUGCCUCAGGAAGAGAAGGCCAAGAUUGCCGAACAGGUGGAGAGCUUCAGGCAGGAAAAGAGCAAGCUGGACGCAGAGGUCGCCAAGUGGGACGACAACGGAAACGACAUCAUCGUGCUGGCCAAACAGAUGUGUAUGAUCAUGAUGGAGAUGACUGACUUCACUAGAGGCAAAGGCCCUCUGAAGAACUCCUCUGAUGUGAUCAAUGCUGCAAAGAAAAUCGCAGAAGCCGGAUCCAGAAUGGACAAGCUUGCCCGUGCCGUGGCUGACCAGUGCCCAGACUCAGCCUGUAAGCAGGACUUAUUGGCGUACCUCCAGAGAAUCGCCCUCUACUGCCACCAGCUCAACAUCUGCAGCAAGGUCAAGGCUGAGGUUCAGAACCUGGGAGGAGAACUCAUUGUUUCAGGGCUGGACAGCGCUACAUCCCUCAUCCAGGCAGCCAAGAACUUAAUGAAUGCCGUGGUCCUCACAGUCAAGGCUUCCUAUGUGGCUUCCACCAAGUACCAGAAGGUGUACGGCACGGCGGCGAUCAAUUCCCCGGUGGUGUCCUUGCGCAUGAAGGCCCCGGAGAAGAAACCCCUGGUGAAGAGAGAGAAACCAGAGGAGUGCCAGACCCGUGUCAGGCGAGGCUCGCAGAAGAAACACAUAUCCCCCGUCCAAGCCCUCAGCGAAUUCAAGGCCAUGGACUCCUUUUAACUUCGCACCACAGAUGCCCAAAACUCCUCCUCCUUCUCUCUUGAUUUCUUCUCCUCUCUUUGUUACGGCUUAUUUUCUUGGAACUGUAUCUUGUUCCAUGCAGCGACGUGUUUGUAUGUGCCCAGUAAAUGUCUGUGAGUUGGAGGGUUUGGCCACCCAUCCUCUUUGAACCAAAUUUCACUGUAAAUUUGAGAAACAAACAAACUCGUGACGGAAACGUUUACAGUGCAGGCUGCGGUACAAUUCAUGUGGUGUUCAUUCUCGCUGACAUAUAUACACAGAUAUAUUAAAGAAUAUAAUUUAUGGUACAGUAGUGUCAGCCCUAACCGAGGCAGAGGUGCUGCUUUCCUUCCUAAUGAUUUUUUAUUAUUAUUAUUUAAAAUGAAUAUGACUCAUAGUAAUAGGAAUAACUUAUGUUGAAACAAGAUUUUUCCUUCCCAGUUAUCCAUAUGGUAACCUGAUGCACUAGUUUUUGCAUUUAAAAACAAUUUCUUUAAUUAUAUUACUGUAUGACUAACCACGGCAGUCAGGUUGGCUAUAGUAUUACAUUUAGAAAAGGACUAGUUGUGUGGUUUGCUCAGAGACUAGUAGAAUCUUGCAUACUUUAUAGUCCUGAUUCUCUAAUAAACCU